UCACAGUUCAACGGAACAAGAAGACGCACAGUACCUACCACCCAACCUUUUUUCUGCGAAUUAUCUCAUAUACAUAAAGAGAAAAAGAGGGAAUCACUUCUGAAAAGGUCAGAUCUUUUCUGUUUUUAAGGUUUUAUGUGUGCAUGAAAUUGCUGAGAAAAGCCCCUCAACUUUGAUUUCCUGGUAUACUUUGAGGUUUGGCUGCCUGACCUGUUAAAUUAGGUAAAUUGUUGGGAAGUCCAACUUUCGGUGCCUUGGAGUUUUCGUUUUACUUCUCCUUGGAUAUUACAGUUUGUCUUGUUGAAUUUUCUGGAGAAUAAAACUCUCAAUUACGUUCUUUGCCGAUGCUUGAAUUUAUUUUUCCCAAAUGUUCCCGUACAAGAUUUAAUUAAUGAUUUUGCGUAAAAAAGUUAAAUGUACUGUGUUACUGAUUUUAUUCCUUGCCCGUUUAUUCUUGAUUCUAGAUUCCCAAUAUGUUGGAAUACCUUUUCCCUCUUUUAUUCUCAGCAGGUUUUAUUAUUCCUUUAUUAUUUAUUUUGUUAUAAUAAUAUAACAUAUCAGCAGAGAAUUGAUCUGUUAGAGGGGGAGUUUUAAUUAAUCAUAUUUUGGCUUGCAAAACCCCUUUCUUUCACUGUUUUGAGAAGGUAAAUUUCGUUCUUGGACCAACCCCAGUACCCUUCUUUGUCCUGUCAUUAUGUUUUAAAUUAAUUAUUUUCAAAUAUUUUUCUCAGCUGAUGCUCAUAGUUUAUUAUUUCCCUUUGUCAUAGUUUUCAUUUUCACAUGUGAAUGUAGACUCGUUCACCAAACAACAAAGAAAGUGCUAGGAUUUUCUUCGACUUCAGUCCUCUCCCUGUAAAACAACCUGUUUAUGAUCUGGUAAAGAACUGCUUUUCAUCAGUUUGAUUCAAUUGUUUGGCUGAAGGUUUGAAAAAUGCUGUGUUGAAGGGAGAAGUUUGAUUGAGAAUAAGAAUUAAUUGAAGUAUGGGUUAUCUAUGUGAUUUCUGUGCGGAGCAAAGAUCCACCGUAUACUGUAGGUCUGAUGCAGCUAGCUUAUGUUUGUCCUGUGAUCGUAAUGUCCAUUCUGCUAAUGCCCUUUCAAGACGUCAUUCAAGGACACUUGUGUGUGAAAGAUGCAACACCCAACCAGCAUAUGUCAGAUGUAUUGAGGAGAGGGUAUUUCUUUGUCAGAAUUGUGAUUGGACAGGGCAUUCUGGGUCGGAUACAAGUCCUGCACACAAGAGACAACCGGUUAAUUGUUACUCUGGUUGCCCUUCAGCCACAGAACUUUCUGCAAUCUGGUCAUUUCUGUUAGAUUCCCCUUCAGUUGGAGACACCACUUGUAAGCAGGGGAUGGGUUCAUUUAGCAUCACUGAUAAUCAGCUGAUUGAUUACCAAGUUUCCCAAGAAAAGAAUGAUAUUCUAGAUGCAUCUGUUGUAAUUGAAGCUAGUGGCUUAAACAAUAUGGAUGUCAAUGAAUCAACUGUUUGGAUGGGAUCACAAGUGCCUUUAUUUGAUCCGAAGCUACAUAACACAGAACAGCCAGCUGGAUCUUCUAAUCCUGCUUUGCCCAUGGUCUUCCCUGGAACAAAAGGAGCUACCUUUUACGAGGGAGAUAGUUUCUACGAUAAUUUCAAUAUGGAUGAAGUUGACUUGGAUAUUGAGAACUAUGAAGAACUUUUCAGUGCAGCUCUUGAUAAUACUGAGCAGCUCUUUGACGACGAUGGGAUUGAUGGAUUAUUUGGGACGAAGGACAUGUCUGUCUCCAACUGUCGGAGUGCUAAUGCAGCUGAGGGAUCAUCAGUUGGGAGGUUGAAUGUGGCAAAACCAGCAUGCAGCAAUGUAGCAUCUGCUGAUUCCACAAUAAGCUGCUGGACUGAACCAAACUUAUAUUUUGCGAGGCAAGCACAAUCUGGCCUCACUGGAGAGAGCAUAACUGGAGACUAUCAGGACUGUGUAGAACGACCGCUGUGUCCUCUGGGUCCCGAAAGUUCCACAUAUUCUUCUAGCCGAAGUGAUGCUGUAAUGCGUUACAAAGAGAAGAAGAAGACACGCAAAUCACCAGUCUUCAUUAGAAAGUGAAGAAUCUAAUGAAGUGCUCUUAUAAAAUAGUUGGACAACGUGGAAAAGGGAAAAUGCUGUUGGAAUCUUGUAGAAUGCUAGAAACGGAGAUGAAUAGGGAGAGGGAUGUCAGGUUAUAAAGGAAUAGUGGGAGCAUGAUUAAAUCUUUGCAAUUGUUUCCAUUAUAACAAAAGAGAAAGGGAGACCAAUCAAGCUUGACACCUCCCCCAUGAGAUAGUCACAGAUUUGCCGUGGUUUCUUUGCCAAGGUAUGUAAUGAAUUAGAUCUGCAGAAGCCCAUAAGACAAGGGAAGAACGGAAAUGAGGAAAAUCCAAAGUGAUAGGAAGAAAAGAGAAGAGAGGUGGGGAGGAGGAGGAAACCAAAAAGGAAAGAGGGAGUUGGCUAAACAUGCUCAUUUAAUCUCAAUAAAUAAAGGGAAAAUUACAGCUGGGUUACCCAACCUAUGCAACAUAGAGGAAUUAGGUCCUUGACCUUCUAUGUGUUGUAUUUGGGUUCUCAACAAUUCAGUUUUGUAGCACUUGCCAAUUGGAUCCCCAGUGGAUGGAUUCUAUCUGUUUCGCAGUUAAAAAUCUCACAGGUUGUCCAAUUUUAUGUCGUUUCUAUCUUGUAUUAAUUGAUAAUACA